GUGACGCUGCGUGCCACUGCAGCAGGUGUGGACGCUUUACUGUUUGUUAUUUCUUUAUUUCAGUGUGACCUGUGUGAGCUGUCGGGGCCCAUGCCACAGCAACGUGUGGUCAAAGUGAAGCCGGUCCUUUUGCGGGUCUGUGAGGUUAAACUGUGGAGAUGUGUUCAGCUGAGGAGGACGGAACCUCCAGUCAGCUCAACAAGUUUGAGAAACUGUCGUGGAGGCCCUCAAUCCGCGACUCAGGCUCCAAGAAGCGAGCACGAUGGCUUCAGGCUCGGCGCAUCUUCUCCCCGUCCUGCCCCAACCUGCGGAUCCCCAACAGGUUUCUGAGAGAAGGGACUGAAAACGUAGUCUGUCAUGAACGUGUCCCUCCCACAGGACACUGUGUACCCCCCGCCCGGAGUGGACACCGCUGUGUUGCAGACAGUGCCAACCUGUAUGUGUUUGGAGGCUACAACCCAGACUUUGAGGAGGCAGGCGGUUCAGAGAAUGAAGACUACCCUCUUUUCAGGGAGCUCUGGCGGUUUCAUUUUGCCACAGCGACCUGGCAGCAGGUCCGCACGGAGGGUUACAUGCCCACUGAGCUCGCCUCUAUGUCAGCUGUUUUACACGGUAACAACCUGCUCGUGUUUGGCGGCACUGGGAUUCCAUUCGGUGAAAGCAACGGCAACGACGUCCACGUUUGCAACGUUCAGUACAAACGAUGGAAUCUGCUCAACUGCAGGGGGAAGAAACCAAACAAGAUCUAUGGACAGGCGAUGGUCAUCAUAAACGGCUACCUCUAUGUGUUUGGAGGGACAACGGGGUACCUUUACAGCACCGACCUGCACAGGCUGGACCUGACCACCAGGGAGUGGACCCACCUCAAACCCAACAAUGCACCCUCAGAUCUACCUGAGGAGAGGUACAGACAUGAACUGGCUCAUGACGGACAGAGAAUAUACAUUUUAGGAGGCGGGACUUCAUGGACGUCGUAUGCCCUUGAUAAGAUUCACGCGUAUAAUUUAGAAACCAACUACUGGGAGGAAAUAGUGACAAAACCUCAUGGAAAAAUAGGAUUUCCCGCUGCUCGCCGGUGUCACAGCUGUGUGCAGGUCAAAGAUGAGGUGUUUAUAUGCGGGGGUUAUAAUGGAGAAAUGAUCCUGUCCGACCUGUGGAAGAUCAACCUGCAGACUUUUCAGUGGACCAAGCUGCCUGCCGUCAUGCCAGAACCGGCGUACUUUCACUCUGCUGCAGUCACACCGGCCGGCUGCAUGUACGUGCACGGCGGCGUGGUGAACAUGUCCGGGAACAGGAGGACUGGAUCUCUGUACAAAGUGUGGUUGACGGUGCCCAGCCUUCUGGAACUGACCUGGGAGAAACUGCUGAAAACCUUCCCUCAUGUAGCCCAGCUGUCCGCCCCUCAGCUGCUCAGCCUGGGACUGACACACACGUUGAUACAGCGACUCAAAUAGUGAGCAGCACUGACACUAAAACGAGCCCGCCAGAAGGUUUCUCCAACAGGACACAGAAGGUCUGAUGAUGUCAGUAAGAGAAAAGUUUUAAAAGCCUUUUUGACUUUUGUAAAUAUGUUUACUUUUAUUAUUUGUUAUUUUAAACGCUUGGCGUGAUGAGUUUCUCUGUGUAGGAAUGUGUCAGAGUUGACUUUGCACACAUCCAAUCAGAGGCCAUCACGCUCUGCUGAUUCCAUUUUCUCCAAAUACUUCAAAAGUUUCUCAUGUUUUGGGUUCACUGUAGUUCAUUUUUGUUUGUUUUUUAAUUUUUUUUACAACGUAGAACUGUCAGAAAUGAGUCGAUUGGGAAUAGUUUCAUGACAAAGAACACUUCUUCUUGAAAGACAAAAUGAAUGUUGCUUCUGCUUGUAUAAUAUCGGCUUCCUUCAAGCUCUCUUUACUGUUUCUGUCUAAUGUAACGCAUGUUGAGUCAGCUGCUGCUGCUGCAUUCACUGUGAUGGAGAGUAACUGUUAAACAGUGCUGGAUGUUAAUUUUUUAGUUUGAAAAUUGCUACAUUUCUCUAAAGACUGCUGAUGAAGUAUGUAGACCACUUAACUGUGAAACCUCAACAGUCUGAUACGGUCGAUCACUAAAUGAAUCAUCGUUUAGCCUCUCGUCUUAAAUUACAUUUAGUUCAUUAGGCCAAGUUUUAAAUCGAUAUCCGCUCCCCUGACUGCUGUGAUCAGACCUUAUGAUCCAAAACAUCUUCAACAUGGCAUCACUGUGAAUCUUCUUGUGCCUCUCAUUUUAAAAAAUGAAGCUUAGCAUGUCAGAGAUGAAUUUAUACACCUGUAGCUUCACAGUGAUCCUCGAGCCUUUUUAAUUUCCUCAUUUAGUGCCUUCUCAAUUUCCAAACUGACAGAAGCAUUGCUUUUAUAAAUUGUGUAAAUCUUUUUUUUUUUUAAAGGUUUUUUUUAGUUUUCUUCUUCUGUGAUCUACCUGGUUCUUCACACUUUAGCCCUUUUGUGGUUCUGAACUUCUGAAGACUCAUCAGGACAUAGUGCUUUUCUUAGUUCUUAGAUAUGUGUUACCUAAUUUAUUUAAAAUCAUGAGUUUAUUCUCAUUUGAAGCCUUUUUAUUGCAUAGCAUUAUGUUAUUAGUUUUUUUUUUACCCGUUGUCUUUUUUUUUCUGAAGACUGCUGUAGUGCUGUGGUACUUAGAAAAUAGUUGGUAUAGGACUUUGUUCACUUUGAACCAGGUAGAGUAUGUUUUGUGGUACUCAGGAUGUUGAAUACUAUGAUCAGUCUGCACGGCUCGGGGAAAAACACUCAGCUUGCCAAGAUGUCAACAGACGGCCAUUUUUGUGAAAACAGAUAUAAUUAUGUCAAGAUCUUUGGUCACUGUGGACUGUAAAGCUGUAAAACCUGUAGUACAACUCCCAGCUGCUCAUGGAGAGUCACAUGAUUGCCUUUUUUUUUUUUUUUUUUAAAGGAGACUUCUUUCUUGACUUACAAUUGAAAAUCUGCGGCAUCUCAUGCUACACAUUCCUAACACUAAGCUGACUAUCAUUAAAGUCAUCUAUAUCUGAUUGAGAAGCAGCAGUCUGCUUCAGGACUUGAUCGAUGUUCUGCCUUGCUGAAGAUGGAUUUGUUUCUAUUUGCAUCUUUUUUUGAUGUUCAAGUCAAACGAUGUCUUUUGCAUGUCCGUACGGUGUGCAUGUGACUCGAUGGGAGAAAAAAGCCGUUCUGGCUUUAAUGUACAUUAUGUUUUAUUGUUUUGUAAUUCCUGUCUGUCCAAACAAUAAAAACACAGACAGCCCCGUUUUUUUUU